AUGCUGUCCAGGGGAGAUGGGUGUAUCUUUGAAAGAACUGAUGGUGUUCCGCCAGAAUUUGGCAUCGUAGGUGAUGUUGAUGACGUCAACAACCUCGUGCAUAUCUCCACUGCCGACAAAAGUUGUUGCGUGAAAAAGAGUCGUGUAACAAAACUCGAGAGUGCCAGCAAUGAUAUCAUCUCUCAAUGUCUGGAUUCUUUGAACAAAAAUUUCAUAACAAUGCAGCUAGAAACUUCAAAAAUGCUAAAGGACGAAGCCGACGAUCUCGCUUUCUAUCAAGAUCCUCGUAUUUCUGGACGGCCUCGUGGGGAGAAUGAGGAUCUAUGUGAAAGUAUGAAUAAGUUAAGCACAUCUGACGGGUCUCAGGGGGUGGUCGAGAAACGGCAGGAGGGAUCUCGGCGUAAGUGGCAGGUUGGCGAUUUGUGUCUUUGUCAAUGGUGUGAAGACGGGAAGUGGUACUUCGCCAAAAUCAUCGACAUCAACGAUGGGACAGGGUGCUGUGACGUAGAAUUUCUGUAUUACGGCAAUGAGCAGCACUUCAUUUCUUUAGACCAAAUACAUCGAGUUGAGGCCUCAUCCUGGAAGUUGGUGGAGGAUGAAGACAACACUCUCGCUGCUCAGGAUCUGCUCAGCACCGCAGGAAUGAAGUCGGAUGAAGAAAAUCUCCCCACGGUGCUUGAGCCAAGCACGCAGUCGGAAAAGUCAGAUGUGAAAGACACACUGGUCCAAGACAAGAGGAGUUCGAGGAGAAGCGAAUUGAAGAGUAGCAAUGGACCGGUCUUGUCGCAUUUUUGGCGCAGUUUUCUCCUCGAAACUUACGGAAACGACGAAAGUGCGGUUCGAAAUCUUCUCUACUCGUGGUACAUAUGUGGCUACCAAACUGGCUACACAAUGGUGUGUAUCCUCCAAAUUUCCCUUUCGUAA